CGCCACGCAGAGAAAGCAAGUUUUCGGAUCGCCAUAAUAGCGCCAUAGCGGUGUGUACAUCGUCCCACUCGUUCGUCGUUCGUGACGGGACGCUUACCGACGCUCGGCGUCGUUUUUUAGAGUUUUGAUUAAUGAGUGAAAUAUUCCAAUCAAAUUAAGUGUUCUUGUCGCGAUUAUUCCUUACGCUGGAUUAAUAUUCAAAUAUACAACGUUCAAGAAGAGUCGAAGAGAAGAUCGACGUUGGGGACGCGUGAGUGUGUACUUUGUGGGUGUCUGGUAGUCAAGAAAACAGGCCGGAAUGGAGAAUAGGCCGGCACCACUUCGCUCUAGGCGAGUCUGCCGAUUUUGUUUGACCGAAUCAGAACCACUUUGCUUCAUUUAUGAACGGGAUCAUAGCAAACCGUUUCAAGUACCACUUACCCUCCAAAUCAUGUCUUGCGUCGCCAUCGAGGUAUACGCAGCUGAUGGAAUGCCACAAAUGAUUUGUAAUAUGUGUCGCUGGAAUCUCGAUAGAUCUUAUAAAUUUAAACUUCAAUGUAAAAAGGCAGAUGAAGCAUUACGAGCUUAUCCAUUAUCUGGUGUCUUGCCAAGACCAUUCCCACCAAUUCCAAAUGAUCCUCCUGAUAUGAACAAUAAACGACCUUCGGAACAAAGACCUCAAAGUGAAGGAAAUAAGAAACCUCGAGUUGAUAAUGGUGAUAGAGAAAGAAGAGAAACACGGGAAAGAGAUAGAGAAAGGGAUAGAGAAAGAGAUAGGGAAAGGGAUAGGGAAAGGGAAAGGGAUAGAGAAAGGGAAAGAGAACGUGAGAGAGAUAGAGAACGUGACAGAGAAAGAGAAAGAGAAAGGGAAAGAGAAAGAGAUAGACAAGUAGAAAAUCAAAGAGACAAAGAAGAUCAACAUGAUUUUUAUGAAGAAGAACAAGAUGCUGGUAGCGAAGGAGAUCAGGAUACGAAUAGUACUAAAGAGGAACAAAAAUUAGAGCCAGGUGAGAUAAGAGUACAUGCGUGUGAUCAAUGCGAUCGUACGUUUCCUUUGCGACAAGCUCUUGCUUUACACAUUCAAAGAGCUCAUCGUGAUCGUAAUUAUAAAUGCACAGUAUGUGACCGCAUGUUCUUUUCUAAAUAUGAUCUUGGAAAGCAUAUGACUACUCAUUCGGAAGAGAAACCAUUCUCUUGUCCAAUUUGUAACAAACAAUUCUCAAGAGCAAAUUUAUUACAACGUCAUGAAAAAGUUCAUAGAGAUGAAUUGCGCUAUGGUUGUCAACAUUGCGAUCGUGAAUUCUUUACAACAGAAGAAUUAGAAAAACAUGAGGAUUCUGUACAUAAAAAGGAAAAACCGUUCCAAUGCAAUAUUUGCAAUAAACGUUUUACAUAUAAACAAGGUUUGGAACGUCAUGAAGUGCUGCAUAACGAAGAUAAGACUUUCGUUUGCGAAUAUUGUAAGGAAGCAUUCCGUACAAGUACCAAGUUAGCUCGUCAUUUAACAACUCAUGCUGGACAUCGACCAUACUUAUGUAAAUUAUGCCCACGUUCAUUCCUUUUAUCCCAUCACUUAACAAGACAUAUGCGAACUCAUUCUGUAGAAAAACGUCAUGUUUGUGAAGAUUGCGGUAAAGCAUUCAAACGUAAAGAGAGUUUGGAAGUACAUCAAUUAACGCACACAAAACGCACAGGUAUGGGUUUAACAUGCGAUGUUUGUCAAGAAUCAUGUAGAAACAGAGCAGAUUAUGUUACACAUAUAAAGCAACAUAUUGAAGCAGGUGAAAAAAUGGGACCAGAUGGAUUACAACCUGAUAAUAAAACCAAACUUGAAUUGGAUUCCGACGAGGAUGAAGAGGAAGAACAAUACUCGGAUGGAGAUGAUGAUUAUGAACCGCCAGCAUAUAUUGUGAAAAAACUUCCAAAACCAAAUAAACCAUCGGAAAGCGAAGAAGAACCAGAGACAACAGAAAAAGAAGAAAAUCAAAAAGAACAAGUUGUAUAUGUAAGAAACAAAGAUGGAAAUAUGAUUAAAAAGACAAUUAAAACUUUGAUGCCUAUUCAACGUAGAGAAGUACAAGAUACCAAAAUAAAACAAAGUCCCUCGGGUAAUCAAUCACAAUCAAAUACGAAACCUUUACAAUCUAAACAAACUGAAGAAUCCUCAAAGUCUUCCCGCGUAGAUGAAACAGAAGCACAAGUACAAAAAAUUGUUGCAUCUGUGUUUAAGGAACAUAAAAUACCGCUAAAACAUCAAAAUGUUCAAGAACAAAGUAAAGAAUCAUCUAUAUCUACAAAUCAAUCUAGAUCGCAACAAGGACAAAGUAGUUCACAAAAUCAAGUUUCUUUGAAAGAUGAAAAAUCUGAAACUCCCGUAUUAGUCAGUGGAACACCAAAAGCUGUAAAUACUGUUAAAGUAAUAAAGAGAAUUGUUGUAAGAAAACCUAGCGGUAAUACCGAAACUAGUACAUCCACGAUAAAAGACGAGGAUGGUACUUCUCAAACUCUUAGUACAGGACAUAAAGUAACAAAAAGAGUAAUCGUUCGUAGAAUUAUUCGUCAAGGAGAUACUACCCGAGAGAUAAUCAUGAAUCCUGAUGGUACAAUAAUCGAUCCAGCAGAAUUGGCCAAGCUUCCAACUGGUAAUGUUGUGAAAAGAGUUGUUGUGAAAAAGCCACUUGAUAAACAUCAAAGUUUGGUUCAAGCUGUAUUACAAUCGUCCACGGAAUCACGACAAUCUACUUCGAUAAAGAAUAACGAUUCGGUAUUGAACGAAUCUCCGAAAUUUGAAUUAAAAACAUCUCAGUCCAUAAAUGCAUCACCUUCAGUAACAAAAACGUCUACAUCUACAGCACAAAAACCUACAAUAACCGUAGGAGAUCAAGAAACUAAGGAAAAAUUAGAACAAUUGGAAAAAAGAGUAGAGCAACAACGCUUAAAAAUAGAAGAAUUAGAAGCUCGUAAACAACAAGAGUAUGAACCUAUUGAAGAAAUGUCACCAGAACGUCAUGAUGAAUCUGAUGAUGAGCAACAAUUACCAUUGAAAAGAGUAUUUGUAAAGAAGAAACAAAGUAUGUAUGACGAAGAACAAGAAUAUAAUGAUAAUGAUGUAACAAUGGUUUCUGUAACAACUCCUAUAUCAACUUCUAUAACGACUCCAACGAUUUCUGUAACAACUCCAACAACAAUAAAAAUAGAAGAUAUUAAAUCUGAUAUGGAAAUAGAAAAAGAGAAAGAAAAAAAUAAAAUUGAAGUACAAGUAGAAAAUAUACCAAAAGAUGUUUCCAUGAUACCAAAAGCAAUUUCUAUAACAACAGCAAUAGCUACAACGCCAAUAACAACAACAACAACAGCAACAAGUGCUACUAUUAGAAAAGAAGGUAAACCAUUAAUAACCAGUUCUAAAGUCUAUGGAAAUAAGAAAAUCAUUGUUGUAAAAACGGGAGAAUCAUCGGAAGUGGAAGAAAUGAGUCGAGAAUUAUGUAACAUAUUAGAUUCAUCUGAUUCUGUUGUUAAAAUGCAAGAAUCAAUUCUAAGUAAUCUCACUCAAAUUUCUUCUCUUGGAGAAUCUUCUCAAAAAAGUAAUGAUGAUAAAGCAAAAGCUGGACCUUCGAAUUCAGAGGAUUAUUUGAUAAAGGAAGAAUCUGCUAAAACCGAUUCCCAAGAUCAAGAAAUGGAUAUAAAACUAGAUAAUUCAGUUUCUAUGGAUGUAUCGGAUUCCCAAGUAUCCGAUGUUAAAAUAGAAUCCGAAGAACAAAUUAUGGAACAACCUGAACAAAAUUCAAAUUUAACUAUAGAUGAACAGGAUCUUUCAGAAUCUACAGAUAUUUUUGAACCAUCAGACAAUGUAUUAGAGGUACAAAAAAGUGAGUUAGGUGAUUCUGUAAUAGAACUUGAUCAUGAAAAUCAUACAAUCAAUUUAAACGAUACUAAUGAUAGUCAAGAUAGUCUUGAGGAUAAACUUCAACAAAUGGAAGGUUAAACUUUCUAUUAGGAAUAAUAAAAUAAGCUUUGACUUAAAAUUUUAUAAAUCCUAAUUUGAUCAAUAUUACAUUUUAAAUCAUAAUUUUAUAAAUUCAAAACUUAAUGUCUAUACAAUUUAGACAAACAUAUAUAAACAUUUUCAUCGUUCUAGAAUUUUGUUAAAUUUAUCAUUCAUAAUCAAAUUUUAGAAUAGUUUAUAUAUUAUCUUACAUAUAAACUUCCUUCUCUUUAAUUUUUUCCUGUGUGAUGAUUGAAGCAUUAUGUUUACGAUGUUGAUUAUUAAUUAUAGUAGUAAAGCACAAUAAGUUAGUGCCUAGUAAUUAUAUUCCUUUCAUAUAUAAAUUAAUAUAAAAUUCAUUAACGUUUUGUAUCUAUAACAAAAAAAUUUGUUAUCUUCAUUCGAGCGAGAAUAUAUUAUAGGCAUAUUAAAAAUCAAGUGUGAAAGAAAUUGUAAAUUUAAGAACUCAUUUUAGAUAUUUGACUUAUUGUCUAGUAUUUGUGCAUCCAAAUAUCAAACAUAAGAAAUUUGUAUAUAUAUAUAUGCCGGACUCAAUACUUUAUUUCAAACCUUCUUUGCUUCAUUUAUUGAUAAAAUUUUUUUGUUCAAUGCUAUGUUACAUUUUCUUACUAUUGGUAAUACAUAGAAUUGAUUCCUCUAUUGGGAAUACAAAAGAUAUUUUGAUGAAUUAAACUUAAUAUUACUAUUUAAUCAUAGUAUGCUAAUUCUAUCAGACUAGAAUGAACAUGGUACAUAGAUUGCCUGAUAUUCUAUAAACAUUUGAAACUAUGUAUCAAAUACAAAGUAUGAUGUGUAAAUGUAAAAUUUAGUGUUGAUUCUUUUUCGAAAAUACCUUUACCGUAUAAUAAUAUAAAUUUAAUACAAAUAACACGUCACAAUACUUUCGUACAAAACAUUUAUAUUUUAUUUGUUACUAUUUUAGAUUAUAGCACAUAUAUAAACUUA